CCAGUCACUCACACAACACAAGCAGCGAAGUUUCAGCAAAGCGCCACUAAGAAGCAUUGACGGCAGAUCAGUCAUGAAGUGGUUUUUUCUCUUGGUUUGCUUAGGAUGUGCCAUGGCAAAUGACCAUGACAAACUCCUAGAUGAGCUAGAAGAAAUDCUCGCUAGUAAAAAGGAUGCUACCGAUGAGUCCCAUGCUGCGAACAUAGACGAAAAUGCCAGUCAAAUGUUUAACCAAAUUCUUCACUCGUUGGAGCAACAAGAUGAAGAGGAUUCUAGGUCCAAGGCUGAAACAGACGAUGUUUCAUCAUUGUAUGACGGACUCUUUCAAGAUGAUGACCAGAUUGAUAAGCGAGUUUCUCAAAGAAAGAAGACAGACGAAAGAUGCAUGGACGGGAUAAGUAUACCAUAUGGGCCUGGUCAACAAGGAUGCCCAAGAAUACUUUGUUAUGACAAGCAAGUUGGGACCUGUAACACAGAUUUUCGUUCUAUAUUGAGGAUGAAGCCCGGUGUUGAACAAGACAAAGCAAGAAAAAGGAAGUGUCUAAAAAGAUAUUUCUACUACAGAGAACUCUGUCCACAUACAUGUCGCAAUUGUAAACCAGCAAGUCCUCAGAAAACAUGCAGGAAGCAAUGGGGUAGCGCGGCUAUACAUGGAUGUUGCAUAAUGAAUGGRGUUCCGGCUCUGAGGCCAGAUAGAAAGGAUUGCAUGCCUUGCCGUGACUCAUAUCCUCUCGUUUGUCGACGGUUUAUGGUCACAAGAUUUGGACAAAAAUGCAACUCUAACUCAUACAGGAUCAGAAAGUUCCUUAUGAAGGGCUGUAGGGUUACUUGUGGCGCAUGCGAACUUGGAGAACAAUAAAUAGUGAAGCCUACAUCGCAUCGCCUCCAAGUCAAAUACCGUCUAAUCAUAUCACAAAGCAACAAGAACGAAUAGCUGACAUUCGCCUUUAAAAUGGGUCAAUUGUAAUAUUAUCUUUAAAGCUGGAAAUAAUUAUAAUAGUCAUUCAGUACCAGCUCAUUAUAAGAACCAAAUAAAACAACAAGAAAUCACAAGUGUAAGAAAGAAAAAGGGAYAUUUGCAUGGCAUCAACAAUAAACUUUGGAAACCAAUU